UAAAGCUGUUUGCGAUCCGCCAAUAAACCAGAGAAGAAGAAGCAGCAGCCGCUUCCGGUCGCAGAGUAAACACGAUGGCUUCUGGCAGUGGGUCAAGUAAGAACGACUUCCGUCGAAAAUGGGACAAAGACGAGUACGAAAACCUCGCUCAGAAACGACUGGCGGAGGAGAGAGACAGAGAGAGGAGAGAUGGAAAACCCGUUCCACCAGUCAAGCGGGACCUCCUGCGUCACCGAGACUACAAAGUGGACCUGGAGUCCAAACUGGGGAAGACCAUCGUCAUCACCAAGACCACUCCUCAGGCGGAGAUGGGCGGAUAUUACUGUAAUGUCUGCGACUGCGUGGUCAAAGACUCCAUCAACUUCCUGGAUCACAUCAAUGGCAAGAAACAUCAGAGGAACCUCGGCAUGUCCAUGCGGGUCGAGCGCUCGUCUUUGGAUCAAGUGAAGAAGCGUUUUGAGGUGAACAAGAAGAAGCUGGAGGAGAAGCAGAAGGAAUACGACUUUGAGGAGCGAAUGAAGGAGCUGCGGGAGGAGGAGGAGAAGGCGAAGGCCUACAAGAAGGAGAAGCAGAAGGAGCGGAAGCGGCGGGCGGAGGAGGACCUGGACCUGGAGGAGGAUGACGAGAUGGCGGCUGUGAUGGGUUUCUCAGGUUUCGGCUCGUCCAAGAAGAGCCACUGACGCAGCUCCACUCUGAGGCGGAAGGUUGUCCUGCCCCGCCCAGCUCGGUGGACGGGGUUUGAGAGACUGUCGACGGCGGUGGGAGGAGCCGUUCCUCUGCAUUCCUGCCAUCUUGCUAUCCUGGUUCAGACUUCAGGCUCUUAUUUUUGUCGUUUCAUCUGUCGUUAGAUAGAAAAUCUGUUGGAAGGCAUUUUUCUGUCGUUUUUCUUUAAGCGUGAAGUCGUCAGAAGCAACAGGAAGGCACCUGAGACCAGAAACUGCAGACGUUUCCUUUAACCAGAGACUCUGACUCAAAGUAUUUUAAGUUCUUACUAUCAGAUUUAGCUUGCUCGUAAUUUGGUUUUCCUUUUGACGUCUGAGUCGGCUGGUUGGAAGAAUAAAGUUGCGUUCAAGACCACUGUGGGAAGUUUUUAAUUUGAAACAAAGAUGAAUGAAAGAGUCAUACAGAUGGGAAACUCAAACAGCCGAAGAAGGUGAUACCAGGACACGGCAUGCUGGGAAAUUUGGAUUUUAAUAAACUCUUUUCUUUAUA